AUGGCUGAGGAGCUGAACAAAAUUCUAGGAUAUUACAUCAAUGAGAACACAGGUAGGCCUGUUUUUCCCUCAAUUUAUGGGGAAAAUGCAUUCCUGAAUAGCAUUGUUAAACCAAUUUACGAUAUUGUUAAGGCCGAGAUAGCGAACAAUAAGAACGACACAACACCACAUUUAGAUUGGCAGAAUUACGAUGAUAUAAAUGAGUACUUCUGGAGCAGAUGGUGUUUCGAGAAAUUAAAGUGGCCUAUAGAUAUUGGGAGAAAUUUCUUCACAAAAACAACCAAAGGGAAGAGGGUAGGGAAGACAUGUUUUGUGGAGUAG